CCCUACCAAUCGCAGAUCACCGCCAGUUACUACACCACUCGAAUCUUCUCCAUCUUCUCGUCCUCGUCGACUGCCACGUCGUCGAGCUCACACGCCUGUUCAACUUGAUCCGCCCCUCAUUUGAUGCACACACACCCCUCUCCUCAACCAACCCAAACGUUUCACGAACCACCAGCGCAACUCAACGACGACAGCCAAUCUACUACCCAUCAUGGCUCACACAUCGACGACAAUGCCGACAUCAGCGUCGACGACUCUCGUGACGCGCCUUUCAUCCUUCCGCCCUCGAUCGUGACCGAGCGAAAGCCGCGCAGACGCGCCCGUACUGUUCGUCAACGAGGCGCCGCGACUGGUCGUGGCAAUGGUGAUCACCAUGCUGCGAACGACUCCCAUCCCUCAGAUGACGACGAGGAAGAAGAGGACGUCAUCUGUUGGAUCAAUCGUCUCCCCUCCGAGUCCUUGACACGGAUCUUUGCGCACCUCGACCCGCUCUCCCUAUCCCGCUGCGCAUUGGUCUCGCACAGCUGGUCCCAAGUAGCUCGCGAUGAAGCGACCUGGCGCUCCGCCUUUGCCUCCAAUUACGGUACGGCCAUCAGCCUGCGUCGAGUCUCAAAAUCAUCCUGGAAAUCAGAGUACAUUCGCCGCACCGACCUACUCCGGCGAUGGCGCAAAUCGCGAUCUCCGGCAAUCACGAGCGAUAUGCGUGUCUCAAAUAUUACGAGUAUCGCCUUCAGUCAAGCACACAACUUUAUGCUCUGCACCUCCGCUGCCUAUGGAAUUGCGUCACGGGCGGACCCAUUCAAGGGCAAAGUAGCAAGAGGCUUUGUGGACGCUGCAGGAGUGCUCAAUGGAGCCGGCAUUGGCAACCCGAACGCAGAAUUCUCCCCGGACGUUACAGCCCUCGAUGCAGCGCUGGAUGCCUCUCGCCUCGCAUGGGGCUUCAGAGAUGGAACUGUAGCCCUCACCAUGCUCACGCGUCAAGGGUCCAAUCCGAGAGGAAUGGUGCGCAGUGUCCGCUUCUCGUUACGAGGGGCACACGCCGGCCCUGUGAACGCGAUGGCCUUUGACCUCAACAAACCAGGACAGGAGAGGGCGCAAAAGCGUCGCGCCGGCUUGGAUGAGGAUGUAGCCGAGACGCUCAUUACGGGCGGCGAAGACGGGGUAGUUAAGCUCUGGACUCCCCUGAGGGCUGUUCCUCUUUGGAGCUCGCCGAUCCCAAUGGGAGGAUCCAGCCCGGCUGUGGCCAAGGUGGACUGGGAUGCCGAUCGUGGCGUCAUUGUUGCGGGAACGCGCGAUGGUAAGAUCGUCGUCUGGACAGGCGUGGACGCGCGGGCAUUGCUGGCCAUCUCCUCACACGCUUGGGAUGACGAGAUGAGCCCGGAGCUUCGGUCGUCAAGCAUCAAUGAUGCUCGUGUCGAGCUGGCUGCGCAGCACGGCAACAUCGUUCGGAAGGACAUCGUCCUACCUGGCGAAGCGGCACCUAUCAACCAGCUCUUUCUUGACGCCGUCGGUGGAAGCAUACUAGCACACAAAGAGCAGGAAGCGUGCCUCUUCCAUGUCGGCCUUGAGGAUACGCUCAAUCUCACCAUCCUGCUGCCAGUUGGCAGCGAGAUCUCGGCGGGCAAAAUCACUUGCAUGAGAGCAGACUGUACGGCCACGGAGACACCGACAACCGCCCCACCCUCUCCUCCAUCGGUCAGCGCAAACACCCUCGGCCCGGCCCCGGGGUCGCAGCGCAAUCUCUCCAUCGGCGAAUUUGCAGAACGACGCUUCGUUCUGGCGGGCACGGAUGAUGGCAAAUUGCUUGCCUGGCAUCUACCCUCCGGACCCUCCCCUCCUUCGAGCAUCAGCCCAAGCUUCGCCCUCCUUGCGCAUCAUACCCCUCUCACCACGCUCGACCUCUCACCACACCUCGUCGCAGUGGGCUGCUCAGACGGAACGAUCAAAGCUUUCGACUCGCUCACUGGGCAGCUCAUUCGUACUUGGAACGAUCGCACGGCCACGCGUCAUCCUGCUCGCAUGCUAGCCGCCGGGGAGCUGACACAGGACGAAGCGGCGCGCUUCUUCGUCAGGCAGAUCGUGGUGAGUGAGGAAAGCCUCGUAGCCGCUGUCGGCCCGCACGUCCUGGCUUGGAGGGCAGAACAAGGCGUGGGAGCCUCAAAAAGACGCGCGGAAGGCAGGGACCGUGGCAGCGCUGCAGCUCUCUCCACUCCUUCGCCAAACGGUGCUGGCCCAGGAACGCCGGGCGGUGCUUCUCGCUCAUCACGCAGCAGCGGCACCGGUCUGCCUCCCCUGAGCAAAUACGCACAAAUGCGCGAGAUCAAGAAUGAGCUCGCAGAAUCGUCUUCGCUCCUCGCCGCCGAACGCGAGAAGCGCAGCGCAGCGUACGAGCGUCUACGUUUCGCGCGGGGACCGGCAGAGACGGGCGGCUUGACGGAGCAAGAGGCACUUGAGUAUGCAAUGAUGCUGAGUAGGGAUGAGGAAGAAGCCAGACAAGCUGGGACAGCACAAGAGGGAAGUCAGCUGAGUGAGCUCGCCAGGAUCAGGAAGGAGGAGGUGGAGCUUCAACAGGCCUUGGAGCAGAUUGAGCUAGCUGAGGCAGGCACGGGCGUGGGAGAUGAGAGCUGCUUCUCCUCAAGCCAAGUCUCCUCGAGUCGAGUGUCCGUCAACGAAGAGGAGGAGCAGGACGACGAUGGGGACGACGAUGCGUAUCACACGCGCAGAUACGAGCAUGCCCCCUCUUCCUCCCCCUUACCCUCCCCAGCCCUAUCCGCGUCUUCGCCCCGGGCCUGGAACAUCUUUCACACCAAUGGGGCUGCCCCGUCGGCAUCCCCUUCAACAUCACGUUGGGGCGAUGCGACCAAGGUUAGGACAGUGCAAGUCCCUCGAUCAGCUCGAUCGAGCAGCUUCGGCUUCGGAGCAGCAGGUGGAUCCAGCACACCUGGAGGCCCUCCUCCCCCAAGCUCUCUACAGAGCCCGGAGCAGUGGCCGUCGAUGCUGUCGCUGUCCGUCUCGCCGAACAACAGGCAGGGAAGUAGCAGUCACGUUGGCUCGCCACUUAGGCUAGAUGCUUCGCCUUCGCCAUCUAGGCCGGGCAGUGUCAGUGGACAAGAUAACAAGGGCAAGGCACCCGUGAAUGGUGGAGGGUACUUUGCUGCGCGAGCAACUGGAACGCCGUCCUCGCCUCCCUCGAUCAGCUGCAGUGGAAGCGCAUGGACUGGUCCCAAAGCCGGCGGAGCUUGGGCGAGUGGUACGACGCCUGCUUGGAGACGAUCCCCAUCAGUAUCAGCAUCGGCGGUCACUGCGUCACGUACACGGGCAACAGAGCAGGAUGAAGAGCUCAGAUUCGCCAUUGAGCUCAGUCUAGCCGAGGAGAGGAGUAGAUUGGCGAGCCUCGACAUUGAAGCACGCGACAAGGAGGAGGUGGGGAUGGAUAGUCAUUUGUCCCAAUAAUUUCGAAACCAGACCUCCGGGAACAGAUGCAGACGGGACGAUGAGGAGAUUGGCGAGACGCCAAUAAACUAAAGUCAAUGGAAGAUGUACCGAGUAGCGAGAUGCGACUUGGCGUUGACGAGGCAGCGAGGCGUGGACCUGAGCUUUGUUUAGCGAUCAAUUGAAGACACUAGUCUGAGUUGUUCCCGAUCCCGAUCUCUACUCAGCGUCAAACUCAGUCGGUCCCUCCUCACUGCCACAUAUGAUAAACCUGAGCUCAUCAAGUGAACCUGCGUUGAUCGAUGGAUGGUCCCCCCAACGCACACUGUAAGUGGGGACUGAGCGCGAAUGAGGCCGGUCGGAGUAUGCUGUGGCUGGUGGCUUAGUGCCCGAUAAUCUCGCAUCGAGGCAAUGGAG